AUUUACUCCACAACGUUGCCACAACGUAUUCACUGAGUCUGGGAUCCGGAAUACGUACGGAUUUUAUCGGACAGUUGCUCAAGAAAACUGCUGAUUAGAUACGAGAAAAACGUGCCAAGUGCUAGCUAUACGUACAGGUACUAGACUGCAGGCCAUGAUCGACCAUCCAAGUUUUAGCGGUCACAACCGUCGACCCUCCUCUCUCGCCUCUCACGCCCACUCAGCCUAUUCACUUGCGCCUUCUACCAGGCCAAUCCUUGCAGACAUGCAACUUCCCCUUGAGCCCCCUGCUCCUCUCUUUGCCGCUGACGAUUCUUCUUCUGCUCCCCCAUCUCCCCGCGCAGAGAGCACAAAGGACCUCUCCCUUUCUGUCAACUAUCUACCUAACAAGUUCUCUUCUGGCUUACUCUCCCCCACUCCCCGCAGACGCAAACUAGGAAAGGACAAUGCUGAUCAUCCAGCCAUGCACAAGAGAGGUGGAGGUAGGGAGGCCUUUAAGAGCAGUGAGGCCCGUAUGCCCGCAGAAGGUGACGAAGACUACGACGGUAUCACUGGUCGUUGGUUCGGUGGCAAAGAAGGUGGUCACACCCGUCCCCGCAUGCACUGGAACAGGUUCAAAUGGGCACUCUUCAUUGCCAAUCUUGCAUUAUCCACUUACGCCCUCGCAGGCCUCAUCUUCUGUCUUCUCACAUGGUUUGACGUCUUCGAACACGCAGACAUUGUUCGUCAGUCUACACUUUCGCUCUCUGGCUCUGCUUUGCCCUCCUCGUUACCCCCCGGCUACACGACCUACAAACAACGUACAUUCAACCUCGAAGGCAAAUUGAAUGCCCAGUGGUCUCGUGACCUCGGCGCAGAGGGCCGUCUCAGGAUUCAAAACAGGCUCCAUUGUUGUGGAUAUUACUCGCCCUUCGUUGAAGCUACUGUCUCCCAAAGCUGUUACGCUCGCUCCGUCCUCCCGGGGUGCAAAGAGGCAUACGUCAACUUUGAGAAACGCGUCUUGGAAAUCUGGUACACUAUCGCUUUCUCCCUUGUGCCGCUCCAGCUCGUUAUCAUGCUCGCGGGUCUCUUAUGUUCAAACCACGUAACCUAUCGCUUCGGUAAAGGCAUGAUGCCCAAAGCCUAUAGACUCAGCAUGGCAAGUAUGGCCGUCAUCAUGGAUAAUUAUGCCAAUCAACUGGCGGAACAAUACGGUACCGAAGUCGCGUCCGAUAUCUUAGCUCGGUCUCGGCACCUUGAUUCUAUGACAUACACCUCUGGCGUUGCGAACGGGACAGGCACAACACAGGCACUUUCUCAUGGCAGGUACGAUUCACUGGCGAUGAGGUCGCCUUACACCGGGAGAAUUUGAGUGAGCGAGUGACGAUGGAUGGACUACUGUUGAUUCAAAAUUCUUUUCACUGACACACGUGCUCUGAUAUACCGUUUUCAGCUCUUGCUUUCCUAUUUACCCUGAUGGCUUUAAUCGUGCAGCUGCCUGGUGCUGCCGACUGCACGUACUUUUCUUACUAGUCUCACUCAUUUCUGCUAUACUUCGUACGCGAUCGUUCUGGUGCGCUCACGUACAUGCAGCUUCAAUGGCUGCUUCCGUUCUUUACAUACGAUUAACGAAUAUACCGUUGUGUAUUCAAGCGUUUUCGGAUGCACAGCACGAAUCGAUCAGCCGGUCGUUUUAGAAA